AUGAAAAAUAAACUGGUAUUUCCUUUUGCAUUUGAAGCAAAAUUGCUGUCUGAAUAAAAUGAAUCAAAUAUUCUGAGUAGUAAAAUUCAAAGUAGCAACAUAAUGUAGUGUCGGUCAUCUCCGUUUUAAGCUGAUUUUUUGUAUUUACCAACUAGUGACAGAAAAUAAUUAAAUUACUAAAAGAAAAAUGUGUUUAUAAGAAAGUUUAUUGAUAACAUGCUUGAUUAAAUUCGAAAAGUAAAGAAAUUAACAAAUUAUCAUAUAUCAUUGAUUGGAGAUCAGGGGGCUUCUGAAGAAGUCCUUACAAAGAGAAAAUCUUCUACACUUCAUCACUUAAAUUAAUAAUAAAUGAGGUUUUGUUAAGAUAUUAAAAAAUCCAUAAUUAUAAAAUUAGAAAAAUUGCCUCUUAUUCAUCCUGGUUAAUAUAUGAAGGUGAUAUGGGAUAUUGUAGCUGUAACUGCUCGUUUAUAUUUUUUAUACAUUAUUCCUAUAGAUUUAGCAUGGGUAACUUAAUAAUUCAUUUUUCAUGAUUUACAUUAUUUUUCAAUAAUGUUUUUACUUAUAUUAGUUUUUGAUUUAUUAUUAAGUCUAAACACUAUAUACUUUCAAAAUGGAGAGGCUGUGUAAUCAAGAAUUAAAAUCAUCAAAAAUAGUUUAUAUAAUACAUAUGGAUUGCAAUGGUUAUCUGUGUUAUAAUUACUUAUAUAUUUCAUAGUCUCAGCAUUUACAGAUGUAUCAUUGGAUAUUUCAAAUAAUCUAAUUAAUAUAGGUUUACUAAUAUUUUUAGUACAUCAUAAGACAAUUAUCAAUUAUGUCACUAAUUAUGAAGAAGGUUUAAAUUUAUCAAAGUAAACAUCAUCUAUUUUGGCUUUAUUAAAGUUGAUUGCAUUUUUAUUUUAUGUUAUACAUUUAUUUUCAUGUUUUUGGUUUUGGGUAAUUGUAUUUAAUAACAAUUUUAGAUUGGUCGAUAUAGUAUAGAUAAUUAUGAGGGAAAGAGUUGGUUGAUCUCUACUAAUAUGUUAGAAUAAUCAUGGAAUACAUAAUACCUUCAGGCAUUUUAUUAUACAGCUGUCACAAUAUUUACUGUUGGAUAUGGAGAUGUAACACCUUAGUCUAAUAUUGAAAAGAUAGUUUCAGUUAUCUUAAUUAUGAUAUCUAGCAUUCAAUUACCUUAUAGUGUUAACACAGUAGGUACAAUAAUUACUGAGAUGACUGCAUUUUCAGAAGAGAAGAAAAGAAAAUUAAGAAUUAUUAAUUCUUAUAUGAAUAAGACUUCCCUAUCAUCUGGUCUAUAAGUUUAAGUGAGGAAGUAUUUAUCUUAUUAUUGGGAAAAUAAAGUAGUUUCUCAAUCUGAAGAAGAGAAAGAAAUUAUUGAUUCUUUAUCAGAAUUUUUAAGACAAUCUUUAAUAAGUGAGGCCCAUUAGAAAAUCUUUGAUUAGUGUAGUUUAUUUAGGAUACCUUUUACUGAAUAAUUCAAAAAAUAAUUAAUCAAGGAGGUUUAAGAAGUUCUUUUAUCUCCAGAAUAAGAUAUGAAACAACCAAACGAUAUUUUAUUGUAUUAUAUAGAGGAAGGAUCUGUUUAAAUCUGUUUAUAACAAGGAAGAAAAAUCAAUCUAGGAAUAGUAAAUAAAGGUGCUUCUAUUGGAGUUAAGAAUUUCAUUUUGGGUACUGAAUCUCUUGAAUCUUUUAAGAGUGUUGGAUUUACAAAAGCUAUGAUACUUAAAAGAAAGAGUUUUUUAAAAAUUUUACAGGAUCACCCUGAAGACUAUGAAUUAUUUUGUUCUAUAAGAGAUAAAUUAAUAUUUUAAGGAGACGAUCAAUAUUUUAAUGUUGAAUGCUUUUCUUGUGGAAAACUUUCACAUAAACUUAUUGAUUGUCCUUUGAUUAAGUUUAUUCCUGAUUAAGAGUUUUUGAUUAAAAAAUAUUUAUAUCCUAAAAAUUAAGAGAGAGUUAAAUUUGAUAGGACCAGAUUAAAAGGUCAAAGUUUAAAUUAAAACCUAAAAAAAUUAGAAUAAUGUGCUUUAUUAAUAUAAAAGGACGACCCUUAAUUAUUCUAAUUAUAUAAGUUUGAUAACAUUUUGAAUAUUGAUGAAGAAUAAUUAAAGCAUUAUAUAAAGAAAUCAAAUGCUACUCAAAUUAUUAAUCAUCAUAUUCCUAUGAUUAAAAAAAAGAUUAUUUCUACUUUUGAAUAGAAUCAAGAUCCUAUAAGAAAGAAAUUUAGAUAAUUAGUAAAUAAAUUAAUUUCCAUAAAUAAAAUAUAUCCUUAUUUCUUAAUUUAAACUUAUGUUUAAUUUGAAAAAAUAAUUGAAUAAAGAUCUAUUUAAUAAACAUUGUAAAUUUUAGAAUAAAGAUUAAAAAAUAUACAUUAAUUAGAUAAUAAAAGAUUCAAUAUGUAUCUUAAUGAUAUCAAUUUUAUUAUCUAGAAAUUAUCAAAUAAAAUAUAUAUUGAUGAUUAAGAAUUUGAAAGUCCUUAGACAUAUAAAUAUUAUUUUAGAAAAGAUAAUUUUUCAAUUGUCAAAUAGAAAAACUUUUUAUAAAAUCUAAGUAUUUUGAAAAAGUUUAUACAAUAUGUAUAAUAUCCAGGAGAUAUAAUUUAAUAAUUUAAAUUAACUUAAAUAGGAAUGUUUUUAGUUGCACAUAAGAGAAGACAAAACUUUUGUGUCUCAGCAGAUUAAGCAGUUAUUAAAUGA